AUGGAUGUCACAGUCGGCAGUUCAAAUGCUCAAAUUCGGGAUGGGGUUUCGGAUAGUUUUGCGGUUUUGGGGGGGAUUUUGAAGAAGGGUUUUAGCCCUGAUGCUGUGACUUUUAAUUGUUUGAUUAAAGGUCUGUGUGUAGAGUUUAAGAUUAUGGAGUCGAUGGAAUUGUUUACGAAAAUGGUUGCUGUUCGUUGUAGGCCUACUGUGAUCACUUGCAACACUUUGAUUGAUGGAUUGUGUAAAACAGGGAAGAUGAGUGUUGCGAUUAAGUUGUGUGAAGAAAUGGCUAAGGGGAAUGAAGAAUCUGGUAAUGGAUUAAUUGAGAAGGCAAGAGAAUUGUAUAUGGAAAUGAAGGGUUUGGGAAUUAGUCCAGACGUUUAUACUUACACUAUUUUAAUGAAUGGUUAUUGCUUGGUUGAUAGAAUUGGUGAUGCAAGGGAGUUGUUUGAUUCUGAGCAGAAUCCUGCAAAAGUUCAUCUUGCUGCCCAAAUGCUCUAUUUCGGUUACAUGGAGGUGGCAGCAUUGCAGGCUGCGGUAGCAUUUGCACAUGAAGUAGGUCUUAAGGGUUUGAGGAUUAUUUCUGGUGCAAAUUUCAGUAAGCAAAAGUUUUAUGCACGAGCAUGUGCUCUUUCAACGAUAGUCGAUGAAGACAAAGCAAGAAGAGCAUUAGAAAAGGUUUUUAACUAUAACGUCUUGAAGAAUUUGGAUGCAGAGUGGGGCCAGUCAAGUGUUGAAACAGUUGACAUGGUAACAUUGCAGUCAAGAGAAAUAUCAUGUGGUGUUAGAUAUGCUGUUGCUGUAACGAUGACCUGUGGUGAUUUGUUUGAUAUGGGAUUUCAAAUUGCCAUUGAAAUCUAUGAAGCAGAAUGGUCUGAAAAUGGACACGGCUAA